AUGGUUUUGUUGUUUACUUUUUAGUCAAGUUCCAGCGGCAUCGCUCUACGCACAGCUUACGCCGGCAGAAUGAGCGAAAACGACGGAAUUCACAUAGAAUAUGUCGACGAGCAAGAGCUAAAGCGCGAGUUUCGCCGGUUUAUGAGCGAUCCGGAGACGAGAGAAAAGGCUGCCAACUAUCUGUACGAAUCGCUCGUGGACGAAACAAUCCUGGGCAUCGCGUACGAGGUGCACCACGCAAACAAGACGGGUUCCGGUGCCGCCGUCGAGGGUGAGCCAGAGGACAGCAAACCGUACACGAUCGUCGACCAGCCCGAUACGGACGUGUUCGGUUCGUCCAACACCAAGAAAGCCAUCGACUGCCACUGUCCGAACUGUAAUCGCAUCGUAGCCGCAUCGCGAUUUGCUCCACAUCUGGAAAAGUGCAUGGGUAUGGGAAGAAACUCCUCACGCAUCGCAAGCAGACGCAUCGCGAACACACGUGACGUGGGAACAGGCAAUUAUUUCGGCGGCGACGAGGACGACGAAGACGACGCGGACUGGUCGGGAGAGAAGCGCAAAAAGAAGAUCUCGCAGGUGCGCACUAAUGGGAGCAAGAAAAAUGGCAAAACCUCAUGAAAGUAGGUGCACGUACGGGGUUGAUUAGCGGCAAGUGCUCCUGGAGACGGCUGAGAUGUUUGCGGGCCAAAACAAAAAAAAACCGCCACCGGCAUCAGCAACCCCUACGAAGAAAGCGCGAAUGUGUGAUGCAUUCCAAACCAGUCACAUGACUUGACCUCCCUAUCCAUCGAAUGUUGGACCUCAGUAGAACGAACGCGGUUCGGUUGAAUCUCGGCGAUGAUAUUGUACAUGCACUUUCUGCAAUGUUAAAUUGCCAAAUGAACUCCACAACUGGUGGUUUUACCUAGUAAGCGUCGCGUUCGUGGUAACGCACGCCGAUGUGGAACACCGUAGUAUCCUAUAAACGUGGCAGGGGCAGGUGAAUUGAAACCCCAACUUCCAAGUAAUAGUAUAUCUUAAACACACUACCUAGGCUAGCUGAAAUGGAUUAAUAAUGUAAACGUAAUUCACACACUCCUCGCUCGAUUUUCUAUAUGUAGCGCCAACCGGGAAGCUUAUAAUGUACGUUUAAACUUUCCCUGUAGUGUGAAUAACCGUUCCAUGUAAAUAAAAGAAGAUUUUCACACUGAUA